CCUUUUAGAAGAGAUAUUUUGGUCGCUUUUUUCUGUGGCAUUUUGUGAAAUUUUACAAAACAUUGUACUUAAUUCAUUGUUUAAUUAUUAAGUCAAGUUCUUGUGAAUUGAAUACAUUAUGUAAGAUCAGUGGAUUUUGUGAAAUGGAUAACAACGAUUACGUAUUGUUGUAGAAAGUUAUUUUCUCUCUUUCUGUCUGAAGAUGACAUAGUCAACAUUUGAAAGUGAACCAUGAUGAUUUUACAAUGGCGUUUACCUCUGCUGAUGUGGUCAUUCUUUCUGAUAUAUGGAAUGUGUUUUAUUUCUGUAUUUUCUACCAAAAACGAGUUUCGAAUAGCAUGGAUGGCUCCGAAAAAAGAAUAUUAUGGCUUUAGUGCCUACUCUAGUGUUGGGGCAUUAAAAAUGGCCCUUUCUGCUAUACGUAUGAAUAAUGAUCCAGACCUACUCCAGCCUCUCCACAACUCAACCAUAAAAGUCCGAUGGUACGAUACAGACUGCAACGCAAAGAGUGCAUUAGCCGCUGCCGUGGACGCUAAAUCCAAGUUUGAUCCGCACCUCUUUCUCGGUCCGCCAUGUUCAGUCGGGAUGAAAGGAGUUGCUCUUCUGGCGUCGCAUUGGAACACUCCGGUGUUUGGAUGGGUGUCUCAAGAUUUAGCUUUUCAGGACAAGACAAUGUACUCAACUUUAGUGCGGUUUUUAGGACCUUUGAAUCGAUUUCCCAAUGUGAUGUUCCAUUUGCAGUCUCUUUUUAAAUGGUCGCAGUUUUCUGUUGUUCAUGACAUUAGAGAUCCCUACAGGGCAGUGUCAGAAGCUUUAUAUGAAUAUAAAACUUACGGAAACAAAGAUAUGGAUUGGUACAACAUUGUCAACACUUUCAAAGUGUCCAACGACAUGGACGAUAAACAAAUAGAGGAAAUCUUCCGUCAAAUUCAAAAGUACUCGCGAAUUGUUGUUAUGGCUCUACCUUGGUUGGAUAUGCGGAGAUAUAUGCUGGUAGCCCAUAGACUUGGAAUGAGCAAUGGAGAAUACGCUUUUAUCUGUAUCCAUGGAGAUCUUUACACAUACGACAGAAUGAAGACAGAUGUGUUUUCCGAUUUGGUAUGGAGAAAAAAUGAUUCAUACGAUAGUAUAGCGAAGGAUGCAUUCGAACCAGUUUUUCAUGUCAUGAUGAAACCCUUAGAAAAAAAACAUUGGGUUUUAUUCAAAGAAUAUGCAGGAAAAUUUAGUUCAAAGAAAGAUCCAAACUGGAAUUUACCAGAACCGCCAGGAAACUACACAACACCGGAUGCUUAUGCACCGUACCUCUAUGAUGCUACACUGGUUUGGGCAAUUCUUGCAGAUAAGAUAUUGAAAGAAAAUAAAAAUCCCCAUGACGGAGAGUACAUGUUCUUGAAAGCUACAAAACUUACAGCCGAAGAGGAUGUUGAUGGAUUAACAGGAAAAGUGAGCUUGGAUAACUUUGCAGACAGAAAUCUAAACUUUCAAGUCUUAGACAUGACUGAAAACGGCACAUUUGAGAGAAUUCUAACCAUCAGAUAUCAAAAUAAACUGAUGGAAGUCCAAUUUGAAAACAAUAAAACUGAGGAAACUCUCAGUCGCUGGCCAAACGGUAAAGUGGGCAUCAAAUACGCUCCUCCAGACGAACCAAUCUGUGGCUUCGAUGGAAAGAAGUGCCCAGAACAAAACGAACAGCCAGACAGGACAUUUAUCUACGUCUUCUCUGCUGGUGGAGUUGUGUUUGUCGUUGUUGUGGCUACCAUUCUAUAUUGCAUCCUAAAGCGAUACAGAAGGAUUAAAACAUUAAAAAGUAUGAUCUGGCAAGUUCGGUUUGAAGAGAUUGACUUUGUCACUGCGUUGCUGACCGGAAGUGUAAGGUCAAGUUUUAAAAACCUUGCCAGAAGAAAAGGAAGCGGCAAUAAAAGAAAAUCUCGUCCAAGUAGAACGGAGAGCCCACUACGGAACGCCAUUCAGACCUCGCCUGAUCACUCCCCGGCAUUCCUCAGUAAACCGGAACAGGGGGCCAUAUUCGGCUCUGUGGCUCACAUAAGAGGAAGCCUUGUGUCGGUAAAGCGCCUCACGAGGAGCAAUAUCAACUCGACCAACAUGCCAAAGCAAGUGUUGGAGGAACUUAACAGACUCAUGGAGAUGAAGCACCAAAAUUGUUGUGCUUUCGUUGGAGCAUGUAUAGACCCCGGUCGAAUCCUUCUACUGUGGGAAUACUGUCACAAAGGGAGUUUACAGGAUGUAAUUUGGAAUCAAAACAUCAAACUAGAUAGAAUGUUCAUGUUCGCGCUGUCUCAGGAUAUAGCAAAGGGGUUAGAUUUUGUUCACAAGAGCUCAAUUCAUUACCAUGGAAACUUGAAGAGUUCUAACUGCGUGGUGGACAGCCGAUGGACGUGCAAGUUGGCGGACUUUGGGGUUCCAAGCCUACGUCAUUCUGACAAGUGUCAUAAAGAGGAUGAGAACCCAGACAAACUGCAAUGGACUGCGCCUGAACUGCUUCGAUUGGAGAAGUCGAUUGACAAACAAAAGGUCGAUAUCUUUUCUCUGGGGAUCAUUCUUAAAGAGAUCUUCACUCGAUCAGGUCCUUACACAGAAUACCCUUUCCUAAGAAUACACGAAUUAAUAGACAAGGUUCGAUACCCGGUGUGUGGAGCCCCAACAUUCCGUCCAAAGCUCUCUUUGGAGGUCCAGCAAACACCAGAGUUACACGCCUUGAUUGAUGAAUGCUGGAAUGAAAGUGUGUUCGUUAGACCUUCUGCCGGGAGAAUACUGAAAACUCUGGCUAGAAUUAAUCCUUCAAAAAUGACUAUGAUCGACAAUAUGAUUGCCAUUUUGGAAAAGCAUGCCAAUCAUCUCGAGGAGUUGGUGGCGGAGAGGACCAGUGAGCUAGACGCCGAGAAGAAAAAGACCGAGAACCUGCUGUACAGGAUGCUUCCACAGUCUGUUGCGGAUGAUUUAAAGAAAGGAAAGCCUAUUGAAGCAGAACAUUUUGACGAAACAACGAUUUAUUUCUCCGAUAUUGUCGGAUUUACAACGAUAUGUGCUGGAAGUACACCAAUACAGGUGGUCAACUUGCUCAACAGUUUGUAUACGCUCUUCGAUGAUAUCAUCACAAGAUACGAUGUUUACAAGGUUGAAACAAUAGGGGAUGCAUACAUGUUGGUAAGUGGUUUGCCAAAACGGAACGGAAACCGACACUCCAAAGAGAUAGCAGAUUGCGCAAUGGAUAUCAUGGCCUCGAUAGGCACUUUCUGUAUCCCACAUCAGCCAAACGCAAAAGUGAAAAUAAGAAUAGGAAUCCACUCUGGUCCGGCUGUCGCAGGAGUUGUCGGCCUUGCUAUGCCACGAUAUUGUCUCUUUGGUGAUACUGUAAACACUGCCUCUCGCAUGGAGUCAACUGGUUUACCUCUUAAGAUCCACCUAAGUUCCAUGACAAGAGACCAGCUGGAAACGUUUGGUUGUUAUCACAUAUUGUACAGAGGAGAAACAAACGUCAAAGGCAAAGGAAUCAUGAAAACAUAUUUUUUGAAUGGCAGGGAUGGUUUUACAAAAGAAUUGCCAAGCAUUUCUGAAGAGGGGAUGUGUUUAAAAUUUUCACCAUCUGCUACAAGUGAUCUACACUAUAUGGGGGUAGCUACCUCACCCGGGACACCCAAAACAAGCGUAACUGCAAUUGGCGAAGGACUAAUUAUAGAGGGAAAGGAAAUGCCGUCUGUGAAUGAUACACUCCAAGGAUUUUCUGGAGAAGACAGUAAGAAAAAGUUUGCUUCUGAUGUCAUGUCUCUGAAUUUAGGUGACGUCUUACCAGACUCUGUUAUAAAAACUGUAGAAAGAUUCCGAAAAACAGGAUUGAACUGUUUUCCGCAGGAUACAAAUGAAAAAGGAAUAUCUCGAAGGCAUAGUUACAAUGAUGCACCAAAGAAAAAUUGUUUCAUCCCUCCGUCGCAUGAUGCUGUGCCAAUUUAUGAACAUGAGUCUGAUGAUAUUAGAAAGAAACUGAGCACAGGUAGUCAGGCGACAGAUUCCGGGAUAGGAAGCUUCCGGCGAACGGGUAGCAGCAGCAGCUCUUUGAAUGACGUCAUAACCUCGUCAUCAAAGAACAAAACUUGCUUGGAUGAAAUCAAUGUCAAUUGUUUAAUGAACAGAAACGUGAAAUCUUCCCCAGACAUGAUGAAUUCGACCCCAAGAGAAAAUGGUAAAGUCCACAAGCGGAAGUUCAGCACAGGGGAUGUUAUAGAUAGCAUUCAGAGUUACAGGAAUGGAUAUAGUGCCGGAAAGCUCAAAAUACGCAAACUAAGUGCUGAGAGUUUCUUUGAAGGAUAUAGCAUAAGUAAGAAAACUCCAAAGCAGGAAGAAACUCACGGAAGGAAAUACAGCAUAGAAAGUUUCAUCCGGGGGUUACUGGGGAACAAAACAAAAAUGAAUAAAUCACAAUCAACGGUGAAAGAACCUUGCAUGAUAAAGAACAUAGAAAAACACACCAAAGAAUCGCGUCCUGUGAACAGUUGCUCUUUAACAGAAAACUGUCAUGAAAACCUGGCUUUCCAGGGCGACCAAAACGAAUUACAUAAACACGACGAAGCAACAGUGCAGGAAAUUGUGAACGAACUACACGAAAUGGCAACUGAUCCAAACAAUCUGGCGCCUGGUGUCUUACCGGUGGAUAAAUUGCCAAUAUCCCUUAGACACAUCUUUCCUCGGCACAGAGUUCUAGCCAAGUCGGACUCUGGAUACGAUACAACUGAGAACUUGAGCAUCGCGAGCGCAACAACUUUUCUGUGAUAAGUCAGCAUUUUAACAAUAUUGCCGACGCUUUUUUGUCUCGUCAUAUAUAUACAUGCAUGAACGAUCAUAAAUUUUGUUUGUUUUGUACUUAAUUGUGCCAAAAUAUCAAAUUAAAUCUUACAAAAAUACACUGUGCAACUUUCAGGGUCAUAUAAAACGAUAUCCUGAGUACUUUGAGUUAUAUACGGGAAUCAGUUCAUGGCA